CACUGCCGAUUUGAACCGAGUUAAACUGCAAGUUUGUCUCGAAUCCCAACACUCGCCACUCCUCAACCCGUGUUUUCGUUUUGACAACAUACCUUCCAUCUUUAUUUGAACCGACUGAGUCAAAUUUUGAUAAAUAUGGUUCCGCCAUUUCUGGUCGCUAUGGCCAUAUUAGGCCAUGUCCAGGCACAGCAGCGCUCCACCCUCAUCGACCCCCCUAUUCGAGAAUUCGAUCAGAUUCUGAACCACGACUCCGACCAAACUGGAAAGUUUUCCCAAAGGUAUCAACUCGUCACGCACUAUUUCAAAUCUGGUGGGCCAAUCCUGUUCGUGCAGAAUGCACAGCAAGAAAUGAGUCCUAUAUGGACAACCGACUUGAUAGACUACGCGCCACAGCUAAAUGCAACGGUGGCCAUUCUCGAACAUCGAUACUUCGGCGAUAAGUCAGGAGGCAGCUUUCCUCGGAACUUCAAUAAAAGAUCCACAAAGAACGAUACCUCUGACAAUUCAUAUGCCCCUUUAACGCUUGACAAUGUUCUGCAAGACGGGGUCGAUUUCGUCAAUUGGAUCAAGCAGUCUAUUCCGGGAGCAGAGGACAGCAAGGUCAUAUACACAGGUGCUUCCUCGUAUGGCGGAUUUCUGGCCGUCCAGGCACGCAUGCGUUACCCCGACACUUUCACCGGGGCCAUCGCUUCGUCGCCCGCUCUGAUGUCUUUAGGUCCGAUGCCAGAGAACAGGUUGAAAUUUGCGGCAGCCGGCCACCUUUCCAAAGUAUACUACAAUCAAUCCAGAGAGGCAGCUCAAAAGAUUCAUGAAAACUGCCACGAUGCCCUUCCUGACCUCAACAUCUGCUGGAAGCCUAAUGGAACCGACUAUAGGCUCAUCUAUCAAGCGACGGUGCAAAACUACUUUGAAACCUCUCAGUUCAACUAUCCCUUUGUGGAUCGUUUUCCGACAGAAUAUCCGCUGGACGACUUAAUCAACAAAACACUCCCAGCCAAGACUGACGGAGAGGUGAUACGCAUUCCCCUCCUGGCAUCGUCAUGGCAGCAGCCCAACAAGUGCAUCGAUCCCUCAAACCGCAACAUCACCCGUGCCUCAUCACCCAAGGUUACAUCUCCAGAAGACUACAUCACGUGCUCCUAUUACGCCAUCAACCACCGCUCUAUUCCGAGCAACAACCUGCUCCCCGAAGCAUACACCAGGACAUCGGUGGACCUUUGCAAGAAUCCGGAGUGGGAAGCAAGCGACUAUAACAGCUCCAAUGAGUAUUUCACCGAGAAGUACGCGCUAUCCCACACCAACUUGGAUUCCAUGGAGCGGCUGUUGAUAGUGCAUGGCGAAUUCGACCCAAUCGCUGCGAUAGGUGCGCCCAUCCUGACGGAGGCAGAUAGCUAUAAUCACUCACGGGUGAUUAUAGUGAAUGGCACGGCGCGUGCGGAGGAUACUUUUUCGGAGGCUGUGGUACCUCGGGGUGUCCGGCCUGGGUUGGACCAGAUCAGGGACGCCAAGCUGGCACAUCUGAAGGAGUGGCUCGGAGUGGGUAAUCAGACGACGCCAGAGUCGGCGGCACCAGCUUUUGGACGCUUGACGUGGAUGCUGGUUGCUGGUGCUGCCAUGGCUUCGUAUCGGGUUGUUUAAUGGCAUGCAAUACUGUUGAUAUGCGAUUCGGGGAUACAAAAAUUGGAAACCAUGAAACAAGAGACUGUUGCCAUGGUACGAGAUGUGUAUGGUAGACUUGGUUUGGUCGUUUCAGUCAUGGGAAUAGGGGCCUAGAAGUAAUGCGCCGUGAUUGAGUACCAGUGGAUAAUGCCCUUGUUGGUAAAUGCUGGACCGACUUCAGAAGUGAUACUUUUUCCACUGAAGACGUGUAAGGUAGGGCCAAUGGAUACCAAAGUGCUGAGGCGAACGUAGGGUGGUAUGCUUUGGUGUACUUUGGGGUGGCAAGCUUGUGUGUGGGGGAGUUGGCCAAUCGCUCCUGGUACUCCAAGAAGGUAAGGCGGGGGAUGUGGCGACGCCCCAAAACACUGUCGGUUCCUAAUCUUUAACAU